CUCUUCAUAUUACGUCACAAAGAAGAGUAAAAUUGUUUCUAGCUUCAUUAUUUUGUUUUAUUUGUUUUGCAUCUGAGAACUGCUCUGACGUGUGAGCUACGAUUUUCUGACACAUUUGAAGAUGGUUUGCGAAAAGUGCGAGAAGAAACUGGGACGGGUCAUCACUCCUGAUACCUGGAAAGAUGGUGCUAGAAACACGACAGAGAGUGGUGGGCGAAAGCUAAAUGAAAAUAAAAUGCUGACAUCCAAAAAAGCUAGGUUUGAUCCUUAUGGAAAGACUGGUUUUGCCAUUUGCAGAAUAUGCAAAAGUUCUGUCCAUCAGUCUGGUUCACACUAUUGCCAGGGAUGUGCAUACAAGAAAGGAAUUUGUGCCAUGUGCGGGAUAAAGGUUAUUGAUACCAAGAACUACAAACAGACCUCAGUUUGAUUCAUUCUGUGUUCUUGGAGACAUCUUGUAUUUGGUUGCGAUAGGGGUGUUUGUGGAUGAUUGUGUUAGUUUUUAGUGCAGAGGUGGCAAUGGAACAAUUUGCAGUGUUUUGUGACACAGAAAGUGAUGAGAAAGUGGUGCACUGGUUCAUAACUGUUAUUUAUAAAGGGCAUAUGUUAUUGGUAUUCCUCUCUCACUUAAACAUAGAGCAAUAUUUUGGCUUGUACUGUUUGGACAAAUUAGAAGUAAAUCUGUUUAAAAAAAAAAAAAUCUUAAAUGUGCUCAGUUUGGCUUCUUUUUUUUUUUUUUUUUGGCAAA